ACAGUGUACAGUGUUCUAUAGUGUUCAAGUGUGAGAAAAUAAUAAAGUGAGUAGUGAAAAAUGGCUCGUACAAAGCAAACAGCCCGAAAAUCGACUGGUGGAAAGGCACCACGUAAACAAUUGGCGACAAAAGCUGCACGCAAAAGUGCACCAGCAACUGGUGGAGUUAAAAAGCCACAUCGUUAUCGUCCAGGUACAGUGGCGUUGCGUGAAAUUCGUCGCUAUCAAAAGAGUACCGAAUUAUUGAUACGCAAAUUGCCAUUCCAGCGCUUGGUUCGUGAAAUAGCGCAAGAUUUCAAAACUGAUCUACGUUUCCAAAGUUCUGCUGUUAUGGCUCUACAAGAAGCAAGUGAAGCAUACUUGGUUGGUCUUUUUGAAGAUACCAAUUUGUGUGCCAUCCAUGCUAAGCGUGUUACAAUUAUGCCAAAAGAUAUUCAAUUGGCUAGACGUAUUCGUGGUGAACGUGCUUAAAUCAAUAAGAAA